AUGCGGAAAGACGGCGACAGCAAGGUUUCGGUUGUAGAUGGCUGCGACAGCGCAAAGGCUGGGAACGAGGGCGCACGUGUUGCCGCUGCAAUGCCGUGGGAUGACUUGUGUGAGGCGAUUGUCGCCGCAUACAAGGCUGGGCAGGACAUCGUUGUACUGCAACGCUUUGAAGAACUUCAGGCGAUGCCUGAACUUGACAUUCUCCUUGAGACGCAGCGUCCUGGUGGGACGACAACCGCGACACCCACAAGUACAAAAAUGAAUGGGAACAUCCACGAAGAAAUUGCCGCUGCCGCUACGGCUGCAGGUCAUCCUAUUAACGCGGAUGCGUUGGGAAGAGUGGAAUUCUGUUGGGGACGCGCGCUCCUUGCAGCGAAGAGGCUUGCGGGGGACGAUGAUGAGCACAUCUUUACGAUUGUGGAGGCUUUUGAGCAGCGGUUUGAGCGACCAUCCGAGUAUCUGCGCGUCCUUGCCAUCACCGCGGACAGCGCUCUGGAGGUGCUGCGGCUUCAUCAACUCAUGGAGGGAAGUUUCUCUACCAGCGCCGUCAGCGCCGCACUGCACAAGUUUCCUUCUCUUACUGCAAGUGAGACACGUGAAUUGUUAGAAUUCUUGCAAGCGAAUGAUGUUUCACUAACGAAAGAUUUGUCGGAGCAGCUGGAGAGGCAGUUUGUAAUGCGCAUGAAAACAGAAGAUGCAGAAGAUGUCUUUCAGGAGAUGUGUUCUGCCGGCGUUGAACCAAUGUCCACACGCCCAUACAAUCUUAUUUUUAUGAAGACGCUUCCGUUUAGGCAUAUGAGUCCCGUUGAAUAUUACCUGGACAUGCUUGACCGCGGCAUUACGCCGGAGAACUCAACAUUUCGUAUCCUUAGUAAGCAGACACAGAAUGAUGGACUUGUGAAUCAACAUUUUAGCUCACUUGCAUGGAAGAACUCAGCGUCAAACCGGCGUCGGGACGAAGAUGAACGUGGUGGCACGCAGAUAUUUUUUGCCAUGUCUCUGGAAGAACUGGCAAAAUCCAAACCAGAUGCAACAUUGGAGGAGGCUCUGCAUGUGUUUUGCCGUAUGGAUGUUGAAGGUACACCACUCACAAAUGGAUCUCCUGUAAUCAGUGCAUUAUUAACGCACUUUUGUCGUCAAGGUCACCUGGAGGAUGUGGAACGGGUGUUACAUCUUUCGCAGGAGCGUGGUUGUCGACCCACCAGCGUCACAGUGCAGAAGUUGCUGAGAGGUAACCACCCUGAUCGUUUUAACCAGGCGGAGAUGGUAUUACAAAAAGUGGUGGAGGCAGGUGAGGUGAUUCAAGUGGAAUGUGUUGAUCUGCUACGUCACUUUGUGGUCGGUAACAUCCGGAACAAAGCCGUGCGUGUGUUCCGUGCUUUUGUUAUUCAAGGACAUCAGCAUCCGAAUGAACCAAUACCUUUUGCCAUAGCGUCUAUGGCAAUGAAACUAGGUCCCUUUGAUUGGGCGUUAGGUGUAAUGGCCAUUUUGCUCGCCACCACCGACAAACCGCUUGGAAGGGGUCUUCAGUCACGUAUCCGCUACACGGCCCAUGAUGCUCGUGGCCGAGAAGUUCUUGCUGUGCUAGAGAAGUGUGACUGGAGGCAUGAGCGUCUCCUUUCCGCUACUGAGCUUCAAGAACCUGAGAUUAACAGCAAAAACCAUAGCGGUAACGGCGGAGCUGCUGGUGCUACCUGGACAGAUCCUAAAAACAACCAGAGAGUAGAGCGGAGUGUUACAUGGUUGGGGGCGUUGCAUGUUGCACUGACGGAGAUGGGUGUGGAGCCUGGUGUCAUGGAGGCCUAUAAGAAUGCUCUUCUCCAGGCUAUUGAAAGGGCGAAGGAGCACCGCGGCAGUAUGGAGACCAGUUAA